AUGCCCACAGAAUCACACCACCACAGCGACGCCGACAUAGUAGUGUCCACCACAGCAAGCUCGAGUACGACCCUCAUAUCCCACGCCUCACCAACGCCCGAAACAGGAGAAGAGCACAAGCUCAAGUCGUCAAACUCUUCUCUACAGUCCAACCUCGGCGGCCCUAGUCGGAGGGUAUCUCAAGGAGACGUGCAAGACGCUAGUCUCGAUGACGGGAUCCUCGACGCGCCACCGGAUCGCAGCUCGAGGUGUAGCAAGAGUGGGGAAGGAGAAGGUUCGGGGAAUGCGACAGAGGUAGAAAUGAUCGAUGGGAGGCCCAAGGAUGUGUACGAUCGUUUCACAAAGAGGCAAAAGUACAUGAUUGUGGCAAUCAUCUCGUACUCUGCUUUCAUCGGUCCCAUGACCUCUUCCAUCUUCCUGCCGUCAAUACCUGUCAUGUCUACCGAUCUGCAUUCUUCUACCGAGGUCAUCAACUAUACUGUCGCCAUCUUCCUGGUAUCAAUAGGAGUGGCGCCCAUCUUUUGGUCGCCCUUUGCCGGAUUCUAUGGAAGAAAGCCGGUAUAUCUGGCAAGUAUGCCAAUCAUGGUGGUGGCCAGUGUCGGGGUUGCAAACUCCAAGAAUAUUGGAGCAUUGAUAGGCACAAGGAUUCUUCAGGGCAUCGGAAGUUCUUCGGUGUUGAGUGUCGGUGCUGGUACAAUCGGAGACAUCUUUCGACCCACAGAAAGAUCAAGUGGCAUGGCUAUGUUUUAUAUGGGCGUCCUCAUAGGUCCCACCCUCUCCCCAAUCAUCGGCGGUCUUUUCACUGAAUACACCGCCAUCACUUGGCGUGCUGCCCAAUACUUUCUUGUCGGAUGCAGCGCUCUAUCCGUCGCCCUCACCCUCUUCUUCCUUCCUGAAACGGCACACCCUCCGACAAUGCACGAAAAGUUGAAGAAGGAGACUGGCAAAAAGUUUGUGCCGUACUUUGUCAAUCCGGUGGGGUCGUUGCUGUUGCUGAGAUGGCCAAAUGUUGCUAUGGCUUGUGUCAUCUCGAGCUGUAUCUUGCUAGAUACCUACUGUGUCAUCGUUCCUCUAUCAGCCGUUUUUAAAGAGAGAUAUCACAUCAACAACAGCGCCAUCGCUGGAUGCUUGUACCUCGCCAACGGCGUCGGUAACAUGAUUUCCAGUAAGCUUGCAGGGCCCUUCGCAGACGGCAUUGUCAAAAAGUACAUCGCCAAGCGAGGGUACCGCAGGCCGGAAGAUAGGUUGAGGGCGAGCUUCUGGGGAUUGGCUUUAGGGAUGCCGGUGUCGAUCUUGGUCUAUGGUUGGGUCCUCAACUCUGGUAAAGGAGGAAUGGCGCCGCCGCUCAUCAUGGUCUUCCUCAAUGGUCUCUCUCUGAUGUUGGCUGUGACCCCAAUAAACACAUACCUAGUUGACGCUAUGCAAUCAAGAAGUGCCGAAGUUGUCGCCGUCAACAACUGCAUCCGAUAUAUCUUCUCCGCAGCGGCUUCAGCAUUCGUCAUUCCUCUCGCCAACGCCAUAGGCUGGGGAUGGACGAUGACCAUCUGUUCCUUCGUCGGCUGGGGCGCGACUGUAGCUCUCUUCUUCCUAAUACGCUACGGCGAAGGCUGGCGCGAAGCCGCCAACAUCAGAUAUGGUGUAACCCAACGCGAAGCUGACGAAGAGAAAGCCGACGACGGUAGAGACGAGGAAGCUGCCGUUCGAGGGCGGGAUGAAAGCACUGUCGAGCGGGUGGAUGAAAAGGACAAGAGGUCGUCGUCGGUGGAAGGGGAUGGAGAGCAUGGGGAGCAUCCGGUCGAUCUUGAACGGACAUUCACUCGGCCAGCGGGAGGUGCUCGGGGUGGGAAGGGGUCUGGUUCUGGAUAUGGGUCAGGGGCUGAGGGCGCGGGGCUGCAGAGGCAAGGGAGCCGGAAGGUCGGGGAGGCGCCGGGGAUGGGCGAUGUCUUGAAGAGACAAGUGUCGUUGGCGGGAGGAUCGAUCCAUGGGGGCGGCUAG